AUGACGAAAUUUAAUGAACUUAAGAUUCCGCAACUUAAGAAGGAGUUGGAACAGCGGGGCUUAUCAUCUGCUGGAAACAAAGCAGAGCUGCAAGCACGACUACGCGAGGCUAUGGAGGCGGAGGGGGUCAGUGUGGACGAAUACGUGUUCCAACUGGAAAUUGAGGAGUUAUCGACUAAAGUGGAAGGUAGGGCAGAAGCUCCAGGUCCAUCAGCGGGUUUAGACAUGAAUAUGAUGAUGACUGCAAUAUCACAAAUAUCGUCGCAGAUGUCGCAACUGUCUUCUCAAAUAUCAUCGGAGUUGUCGUCGCAGAUAAAUACGCAGCUGGAAAAGCAGGAUACCCGUAUAUCACAGGUCUUAUCCCAAUUAGAAGCACAGAAGACACAUGUAACGUCGCAACUGGAAACGCAGGAUCUAAAAAUUACGCAGUUACAGGAGAAGACGGGAGGCAUUGAGACUGAAGUAGAUGCAAUGAAAGCUCGCCUCUGUGAACUACAACUGAAUCGCCCGAAUGUUUUAAUUAGCGGUUCCAAAGUAAAAGCUCCAUCCUUCGAUGGCACUGUAUCCUUCUCAAUAUUUAAGCUCCAGUUUGAAACAACAGCAACAACAAACAACUGGGGUACUGCAGACAAAGUAGCUGCAUUGGUUGUCUCGCUUAAGGGUUCUGCAGCCGAAGUACUGCAGACAGUUCCAGAAAUCGACCGGGGUAACUAUGACGCUAUAAUGGCCGCAAUAGAGAGACGUUACGGCAGUGACCACAGGCAACAAAUGUUCCAGAUGGAAUUGAUGAAUCGCUUUCAGAAGAUAAAUGAGACACUGCAAGA